GAACAUCUGCUCAGGUAUUUCACACUUCAAAUCGAAUCACCCCGAGGAUGUCUCUAUACUGUGGUAACAGUCCGUGCUCAAGCGUCUUGUGUAUCAGGAUUUAGGAUAUAAACCAGUAAAACUACAGUCGGUAUCCGAAGAGAAGAACUUUUUCAAAGGAAUAAAGCUGAUCAUCCGGGAGCGACAAAGAUAGUGUGAACUCUGACCUGGCUGUACGUAUUGGCGUCGUCAUGGAGAGUAAAGUACGGCAUGAUUCAUUAGUGUCCAGCGUCAGUACCAGUGAAACCGACAUCCUUAGCGAUAUGAUCCCAUACCGAUGUCCCAAGUGUGGAAACAAACGCCGAUUCGCUGCUUUGAGGGACCUUAAGCUCCAUCUUGACGUAGAGCAUUCAUUUAAAAUGGGAUGUGUCAAACCCCGCUCAAGGAAUGAUGUUUUUAAUCACAAAUUAACAAAGGAGAAACCAUUAGUUACUUCAGGAAAAUAUGUUAAAACUAAGCACGGAGGAAAGUUUUCUCCAAGGUCAUCGACUUCUGAAGGAAGUUACGGCUCCAUGUUGAAAUAUUAUGACGAUGAGGCAAAAAUUCUGGAGAUGAAAGUAAAAAAGGCAAAAGAAACUGAAAUAAAAAAUAAACUAAAUAGAAACAUUUUGCCUAAAUCAGGUGGAGAAAAUCUCAAUAAGAUGGGUAUGCCAAAUGGAGAUGAUUUAAAGCAAAGUUUCAAUAACGUAAACAACCAAUUGUUGAAGUCAAGACACAAGGAGUGGCAGGCUUCGGAAGCUCUUUAUCAAGCGGAGGACAUCAUACUAGGUGUUGAGGAAGCUGCCGAAAAUCGGUGUCUCGACCAGCAGGUGGUCAUCCGGGACCUUGUCAAUGACCUUAGACAAAAGGAAGGUCAACUGAAUCGUGCCAACAACGACCUAGAUAAAGUAAGGCGUGAACGAGAGUCUCUUAUGUUGGAGGUUGAGGAGCUAUUUUCAGAGGCGAAUACGGGGAACACCGUCUUGAGGGAAGAACUCGGAAGACGGGAACACAUGUUAGGAGACGUGAACAGACAGCUCGACACCCUAAGGGCAAGGGCACGUAUUGACCUGGAUAGAAAAGAGGAUGAGUUGAUCGCGGCCGAGGGUCGAGUGGAAGCCUUGGAAAAGGAAAGGGAGCGCUUAGUUCAGGGAACAAAUACGCUGUUAGAGCAGGCUGACAAAGACCGUGCUGUCUUAAAGGAGACGGUGCAAACCAAAGAAAAACACCUUCAUCAAGUCAAUAGGGAACUCGACAAACUCAAAUCCGAACAGAGUGACUUAGUCCAGGAAAGUGUUGAUCUCUACGAAAAGGCCAACGAGGGAACAGCCAGAUUGAAACACCUUGUUCAGGCAAAGGACAACCAACUACAAGAAGCUUUCCAUGAACUUGAGAGCAUGAAGAAUGUGCACGAAAAACUAAUCUGGCAGUCCAAGACAUUAACAGAACAAGCCGAUAGCAAUAACCAGGCACUUACGGAAUUGCUUCAAAGUAAGGAAGAAGAAUUGGAGCGAGCAAAGCAAACACUUUCAAAGGUCAAGGAGAACAACAUGGCUGCUUUCAAGACCGUUUUGGCAGACAAGGAGGCGGAGCUUAUACAGGCAAAGAAUGAGCUUGCCAAUGCCAAAGCGGAGAAGACUGCCAUGAUGGAGAGUGUUAAGGACCUAACGCAGAAAGCAAGCGACCAAGACGUCAAGAUGACAGAACUACAUAAUCAAGUUCAGGAAAGAGAACGGAAACUUCAGGAGAAAGAAAGAGAUCUUGAUUCAUUAAAGACGUUCCUGAGUUCCGCUGCCGAGAAGGAGGUUGCCGCUCGUAGUAAACUCGAACAAUUCAUCAGUGGUUUGAUUGAUCGAGCAGACAAAGCCGAAAGUGAGUUACACAAAAUCAAAACUAGGUCAAUGUCCGAAGUUGAUCUUUCAAGGUCGCAUACCCUUGGCGACGUGUCUGAUGUCAUGGAAUCAGACCAGGAAGAUCAGCGGUUAUCUCAUAACCGCCAGAAGGUCCGGGCAAAGUCGCAAGAUUCCAAUUUAAAAUCGGCUAACUUCAGCAAAGUGCAUAUGAACUCCGGUCUGGAUGAUGUCUCGACAGGGUAAGGUUAAUUUAAUCAGAUGUUUUUUCCCAAAACCUCUAUGUUAUUACGUGAAAAUAUAAUCCCAUUUUUCUGGUAUUGUAAC